GCUUAUUUAUGCCUGACCCGCACAGUUCUUUAGCAUAUUUGUGACCAGCUUUAGAGGGUUUCUCAGCAUGCCUAACAGUGGAGAGACUCUUAAGGAAAAAUCACAAGAUGAAAACGCAAUGAAUAUUUCAGAAAACUAUGAAAAUGGAACCUUUACAGAUGCGCAGACUGACUGCAGAGAUUCUCUGCCUCAGUUGGAGGAUACCCAGGCUGAAGGCAUAGAGUCAGCAGAGUCUCUGUGGACUUCCUUUGCUGAUGGCAGAGUCAGACUGAGAAUAGAUAACUCGUGUCCGCAGACUCCCAUCACAGUUCAUCAGAUGUUCAAGGAAAGCCUAGAAAAAUAUGGAUCCCUUAAUGCUUUGGCCAGCAAAAAGAAUGGGAAGUGGGAGAAGAUAACUUUUUCAGAGUAUUAUUACCUUUCCAGGAAAGCAGCUAAGAGCUUCUUGAAGCUUGGUCUUGAACGAUUCCACAGCGUAGCAGUCCUUGGAUUUAACUCUCCGGAAUGGUUCAUCUCAGCUGUUGGAGCUGUUUUUGCUGGAGGAAUAGUCACAGGAAUAUAUACAACCAAUUCUCCAGAGGCCUGCCACUACAUAGCUUAUGACAGCAAAACCAAUAUCAUGGUUGUGGAAAAUCGGAAACAAUUGGACAAGAUAAUGCAGAUCUGGAAUCACUUGCCACACUUGAAAGCUGUUGUGCUAUAUAAGGACUCCGUUCCAGAGAGGCAGCCAAAUCUGUAUACGAUGGAAGAGUUUCUGGACUUGGGAGAUGAUGUAUCUGAUACUACUUUGGAUGAUAUUAUUAACUCCCAAAAGCCAAAUCAAUGCUGUGUACUAAUAUACACAUCCGGAACAACUGGGAAACCAAAAGGAGCCAUGCUGAGUCAUGACAAUAUAACGUGGACAUCAGCACAUUGUAGCAGAGCAGGAGAUAUGCAACCUGCAGAGGUCCAGCAGGAGUCAAUAGUCAGUUAUCUCCCACUCAGCCACAUAGCUGCACAGAUAUACGACCUGUGGACUGGAAUCAAAUGGGGAGAGCAAGUUUACUUUGCUGAGCCGGAUGCUCUGAAGGGCAGCUUGAUCAACACACUCAAAGAAGUGCAGCCAACGGCUCACAUGGGAGUGCCCCGAGUAUGGGAGAAAAUCAUGGAGAAAUUAAAGGAUGCUUUUGCUCAGUCAGGAUUUCUGAAGAAAAAAAUGUUGUCGUGGGCUAUGUCGCUUAGCUUAGAGAGAAACCUAAACUGCUCAAGCAGCAGUGACUUAAAGCAGUUCUGGACAAGGUUAGCAGACUAUUUAGUGCUUGCAAAAAUACGCAAUGCGCUGGGUUUUUCUUCCUGUCAGAAGCACUUUUCUGGUGCUGCUCCCCUCAAUACAGAAACGCAGAAUUUCUUCUUGGGUCUGAACAUCACCCUGUAUGAAGCCUAUGGGAUGAGUGAGACCACAGGUCCACAUUGCCUGUCUGGGCCUUCUAUUUACAGGCAGCACAGCUGCGGUAAACCAGCACCUGGCUGCAGAGUGAAAUUGGUGGACAAAGAUACAGAAGGCCAUGGAGAAAUCUGUUUCUGGGGAAGGACUGUAUUCAUGGGUUAUUUAAAUAUGGAAGAUAAAACAAAAGAAGCCUUUGAUGAGGAUGGGUGGUUGCAUUCUGGAGAUUUAGGAAAACUAGACAAGGAUGGCUUUCUUUAUGUCACUGGAAGAAUUAAAGAUUUGAUUAUUACAGCUGGAGGUGAAAACGUGCCUCCAAUUCCAAUUGAAGAUGCUGUUAAAAAAGAACUCCCAAUUAUUAGUAAUGCUAUGGUGAUUGGAGAUAAAAAGAAGUUUUUGUCAAUGUUGCUGACCCUAAAGAGCGUGCUGGACCCAGACACAUCUGAUCCCACUGACAUUCUCACUGAGCAAGCUAGAGACUUCUGCCAGAAGACUGGUAGUAAAGCCACGAAAGUAUCGGAGAUUGUAGCCACGAGAGACCAGGCUAUCUACCAGGCCAUCCAGGAGGGAAUUGACAAAGUCAACAUGAAGGCUACUAAUCGGGUUCAUUGUAUUCAAAAAUGGAUAGUCCUGCCAAGAGAUUUUUCCAUUUCUGGAGGAGAACUAGGUCCGACAAUGAAGUUAAAACGGCUCACCGUGCUGGAGAAAUACAGAAAGGAAGUAGAUUCCUUCUAUGAAGAAUAAGAUGUCUUUCAUCCAAGCAUUAAGAUCCGUGAGCUAAAAAAACUCCUAAUCAAAAGCAUCAAUGAAGAUUUAUGCUUGUUUUGGUUUUCUAGUCUGUUGAACAAUGAGCCACUAGAGAAUUGCUGUCAAUUUAGUUGUUCCUCAUACUCACCUGAUCAUUUGACUUCUUUUUACCGAAGCAUCUACACAGCGUGUCCAUUUUACUUCAUGACCUAAACGCUUAAGAUUAAAAACAUCCUUUUGUGUUGUAUGAAGUGGGUAUAACUAAUUCCUCUAGACUGAAACACAUUUUUUAUGCAGCAAUCUUGCUUUUUUAAAUUGUUCUAGAGGACAUUGCCUGUAGCUCCUGAUUUAGUUUGGUACAUCAGCAGGUAGCAGUGUGGCUUGGUGAGGCUGUUGUGCCACUUCAGUGAUAAAGAAAAUUCUUUUCUUUAAAAAAAGCAAAAAGGCUUUUUUUUUUUCCUCCCAGAGAAAAGUUGAUUUUAUUCACUAACAGAUUUCAGAUCCUAAAGACACUCCUCUUCCAUUUUUCCAGUGGCUAGAAUUCAGACUUCUGCGAAAACAGCAACUAAUCAUUUCUUAAAUCCACAUUGAAAUAAGCAUUACUAUUUCUCUUAAAAAGAAAUAAUCGGAAGAGCUGGGCAAAUAGCUCCCCCAGACUGAAAGACACAAAGUGGCAAAAAAAGGAGCUCACACCAUAAAGUGUUAUCUAGAACAGCAACUUAAUUGUUUAAAGCACUUUUUAUUUUAAGCAAAACAGUUUAGAAGCAAUGUCUGCCAGAGUGUAUCUGCAUGUUUCAGUAUUCACAUUGUACUUCUGACAAACGCAAGCUACAUUUCUUCCUCCUCAUAUAAAAAAUAAACUGUAUUACGUCAAGGACAUAGUUGAGAAAAAGUUGUCUAAAGGGUUUGCUGUUAGCAAGGGAUCUUUGCAGAGAGCUGUAAUGCCAACAUGAGCGGGCAGGCUACAGCCACUCUUCUCUAUCCAAAAAAAUCAUGCAGAACAGGAUAUUGUUUCUGUGGAAGUUCUAUUACCCAUCUUCUAGACUUAAGGUUUGUUGCAAGUUCCAAUAAUUAGCUCAACACAUAAGACAAGAUAGCAGCCCAGGAUUAUACAAACAGAACAAGCAAUAGAACUUUGGAAAGUUUAUUUUUUUUCCCAUUUUGUGCGUAAUAGUAAUUCAGUUCUUUUAACAAUAUUCACCUAAAGGGAACAAGGAAGCAGCAGCUUGUAAAGCACAAAGAAAUGUUGCCCUAUUCACCAAAAGCAGAGUGCACAAGGAAUAAAGCUCACAGUCCCUCCUCCAACAUGUUAGACUGUAUAAAAGAAGCUGAGAUACUCACUUUGAAGAGUAACAAUAGAGGUUGUUACUCAAAACUGAUUUUAGUUCUGAAACAACCAGCUUCAACAGUCUUAAUAGAAAGUAACUAAGUGGAGUAAGCUCUAUUAAUAGAAUUAAGCUUCAAGAAGCCUGGUUCUGGCAGUCGGGAUAAUCCUGUGCUAUAAUCAUGAGUUUUAAAAUACAAAUUUUCUUGUUGGAAGCCUUAAGACAUACGGACCAGAAUGACUCACAUGAUGAAGAAAGGAGGGGGGAAAAAAAGAGUUGCUUUUGCACCCAUUAAGCUUAAUAAGCAGGAAAAAAAUAGUCACAGAUCCCUUGACUAGGGAUGAAAUGUAUUUCUGGAAGACAGGGACCAGAGCCAAAUGGUCAGUUUGUCUUAAUCCAGUCAGGCCUAGUCCCUUACAUUCAGAGUUUCUUGAAUAAAAUUCCUAGUCAAUGCAGGACAACACACAGAAGAGACUGUGCGUAGAAGUACAACACAAAAGCAUUCUAGCAGAAGUCAUGACAUACUUGGUAUAAGUUUGCCAAGUUAAUACUUUCCCCUCACGCUAUAUGGGAGAUGCAGUUUUGUUUGAUGUACUCUCAUCAGAACUCUCCUGUACAGCAUGUUUCAGAGGGGAAAACUCUUAAGAAUUAUUUUGUUAUAUAGACUUGAAAAAUAAUUUUACUUCAACAUUAAUUCUCAGUCCUUGCCUGUUCAUGGUUGUGGGCUUUUUUAAAAUACACAAAUAGAUUCAAUCUCUAGAAUUUUGUAUUUCUUUAUUCAUGCCUGUGGAAGGCAAGGCUGCAUUUCAUGAACCACCGGAGUAUCUAAAGUGUUUUUUUCAUUGUUUUUAACAUGAAAUUGCUAUUUCAAGUUAUUUUAUACCCGUUUCUUUUUAUGAUGAUCAUCUUGUGCUAUUGUUAGGCUGAAAACCUAUAUUUUAAAUUUCAGUAAGAUCAAUAAACUAGGUUUUAACCAUUAAGGUGCUUUUACAUUUCACUAAUUACGUUACUGGUUUAUUUGCAUAUUUUUUCUUUGUGGAAAGUAAGAACUUCUAGUUGAAAUGGAAAAUGGUAGAUGGUUACAUUGGCAAUAGAAGAAUUCACUUACAUAAAAAUGUUCACCGGAUAGAAAAAAAUAAAUAAGACAAAGCACUUUUAAAAAAGUCCACUGAAAGCAG